ACGGACACAACCGAACUCACUGGGACUCACCACACAUGGCAAAAGAGAAUCUUUGAGAACCAGCCUUCUUCAUCUCAUCCCAUGGCGAUAGCUUCCUCUUCCUCUUCUUCUUCUCUUCACCCACUUCACCACCAAACUCUAUUUCCUAAAUACACUCGCCUUUCUCCCAAUUUCCUCAAUUUCCAGCCUCGACUUCGAUUUUCCUCUCAAAAGUUUCUCUCCACGAUUCGCGCCAGUUCAGCUGUUGCUCUUGAACCAAAUUUAGGCACAGAGAAGGGUAAAACUUUGGAGGGUGAACCAUUUGCAUGCCCAAUAUGUUAUAAGCCUCUGCUAAGAAAAGGCCCUCCAGGUUUUAAUUUAUCAGCAAUCUACCGAUCUGGUUUCAAGUGCACGAAAUGCAACAAAACAUAUUCCAGCAAAGAAAACUUUCUGGAUCUUACAAUUAAUGCUGGACUGAAGGAAUACACUGAAGUAAAACCUGCUAGGACAGAACUAUUCCGGAGUCCACUUGUUUCAUUCUUGUAUGAACGGGGGUGGCGCCAAAAUUUUAAUCGAAGUGGCUUUCCUGGUCCUGAUGAAGAGUUCAAAAUGGCUCAGGAGUACUUCAAACCAGCAGAAGGUGGUCUCUUAGUGGAUGUUAGUUGUGGCAGUGGAUUGUUUUCCAGAAAAUUUGCCAAAUCUGGGGCCUAUUCUAAAGUUGUUGCACUUGAUUUUUCUGAAAACAUGCUUCGCCAAUGUUAUGAUUUCAUUAAGCAAGAUGAUACUAUCUUAAAUGCGAAUCUUGCUCUUGUUCGAGCAGAUGUUUCUAGACUUCCUUUCCAAUCAGGUUCAGUUGAUGCUGUUCAUGCUGGUGCAGCCUUACAUUGCUGGCCAUCUCCUUCAAAUGCUAUUGCUGAAAUCUGCCGUAUAUUGCGAAGUAGUGGAGUCUUUGUCGGAACCACUUUUCUAAGAUACACUGCAGCCACUCCCUGGAUUGCACUGCCUUUCCGACAGCGGAUUCUGGGGAGUUAUGCCUAUUUCACAGAGGAGGAGAUUAAGGACUUGUGCACAUCAUGUGGCCUUACCAACUAUCAAAGCAAAGUUCAGCAAUCCUUCAUCAUGUUCUCUGCUGAGAAGCCUUCAGACUAAGUCUAUGUCGUUUAAACAUCAUCCUCU